CUUGGUGACAGCAUCCCCAAGUCCCUGAGUGACUCGUUGUCUCCCAGCAUGAGCAGUGGAACCCUCAGUACCUCCACCAGUAUUUCCUCACAGAUUUCGACCACAACGUUUGAGAGCGCUGUGACGCCCAGUGAGAGCAGCGGCUAUGACUCGGCCGACAUAGAGAGCCUGGUGGAUCGGGAGAAAGAGCUGGCCACCAAGUGUCUGCAGCUUCUUACUCACACUUUCAAUCGGGAAUUUAACCAGGUGUACAACAGCAUCAGCGAUUGUAAGUUGUCGGAUAUUUCCCCCAUUGGGCGGGACCCAUCAGUGUCGAGUUUCAGCAGUGCCACCCUCACCCCUUCGUCUACCUGCCCCUCUCUGGUGGACUCACGGUGUAAUUCAGUCGAUCAGAAGACACCAGAAGCAAAUUCUCGUGCCUCCAGUCCCUGUCAUGAGGUGGAGCAGUUCCAGAUAAUUCCUGCGGUAGAAACAUCCUAUCUUGCCAGAGCUGGAAAGAAUGAAUUCCUAAACCUCGUUCCUGAUAUUGAGGAAAUCAGACCAGGCUCUGUGGUCUCAAAGAAAGGAUACCUCCACUUCAAGGAACCACUCUCCAGCUCCUGGGCCAAGCACUUUGUGGUGGUUCGUCGUCCCUAUGUUUUUAUUUACAACAGUGACAAAGAUCCUGUAGAAAGAGGAAUCAUAAACUUAUCCACAGCUCAGGUGGAAUACAGUGAGGACCAACAGGCAAUGGUGAAGACACCCAACACAUUUGGUGUGUGCACAAAGCAUCGUGGGGUCCUGCUCCAGGCCAUCAACGACAAGGACAUGAAUGACUGGUUAUAUGCCUUCAACCCCCUCCUGGCUGGCACAAUACGGUCAAAACUGGCUCGGAGACGCACGGGCCAGCUGAAGUACUGAGUCCAUGUAAUGUUCUCAUCUGUUCUCCCUAACUCACCUUCUGAUAGAUGAAGUGUUACCUCUCAUUUUCUCUUUGUGAUUCUUGACAGUUUCUCUUGUAUGUAAUCCUGUGGCUUACCAUCCCCUGCCUUCCCGACUCCUUCAGCACAUUUUUAGGUAUUCUAACCCUACCUUGUUUCUUUUCACUUGUACUGAGAAUCGUACUGGUAGCAUGUGGCCAAACAAAAAGAGAAAGAAAAAAAAAAUCAAAAAAACCCGAGUGAUUAUGCACGACUCUAAAAA